GGGCGGCCUACAUGGCGAUGCAGGCGCCGCUCAACGAGACCAUCAACGACUUCUGGCGGACCGUUUGGGAGCAGGAGUGCGCGAUGAUCGUCAUGCUCGUCAACACCUGGGAGCGGGGCCAGGAGCAGAGCUGCGAGUACUGGCCCCUGGAGAUCGGCGUCCAAGUCGGCAAUCUCGUCGUCGAGCCCAUCACCGAGUACAACAUGGAGUACUACGUCCUACGGGAGUUCCGACUUAGUGAUGUUCAGGUGGGCGUGUCUUUCAAGAGGUCACUAAAGUUAUCACUUUUUGAGUAUCAAGACGCUUGAUAAUUCGUCUUUUUGGAUAAUUUAUUCAAAAAAUCAUGUUCGUUUUCGGCUCAGUGUUGUUUCUAAAGAAAUGGAAAAGUGUAUUUUUCCUUAAGUUAUCACUUAAGUUAUUCUCAUUUUACUCUUAACAAUUUCAGACCGGACUCUCAAGAACCGUCCGCCACUUCCAGUUCACCGAAUGGCCGGAGAUCGGCCGGCCCGAGACCGCCGAGCACUUCAUCGACUUCAUCCAGCAGGUCCACCGGGCCAAGUCCCAAUUCGGCGUCGAAGGCCCGAUCGCGGUCCACUGCAACUCGGGCGCCGGCCGCUCGGGCGUCUUCAUCGCCCUGGCCGUGAUUAUCGAUCGGAUGCGAGCUGAACACAUCGUCGACGUCUUCACGACGGUUCGUUUUGGAAAAAGUCUCCUCUCUAGCAGGCUGAAGUAAGAGAGCAUGAGAACGACAGAGACGCAGAUCUCUCUUUUCUCUGGCGUCUCUGAAGGCUCUCAUGCUCUCUAACUUCAGUAGAGCCUUUUCAGCUCCCAAAAUCGGAAAUUUUUAGCUUUAAAUUUCGCUAACGAUUUAAAAAAAUCUUAUCUCGAGUAGGCCUGAGCUAGAGAGCAUGAGAGUCCAGAGAAACGAGAGAUAUGCGUCUCUGUCGUUUCCACGAUCUCUAGCUUCGGCAGAGCCUUUAGAGUUACCAAAAACCAGAAAUUUUUGGCUUGAAAUCUCGAAAACGAGUUUUAGAAAAAAAUUUUCUCAAGCGGGCUAAAUUAAGAGAGCAUAAGAGCCUUCAGAGAGGCCAGAGAAACGAGAGAUAUGCGUCUCAGCCGUUCCAAUGAUCUCUAACAUCAAUAGAGCCUAUUCAGCUCCCAAAAUCGGAUAUUUUUAGCUUGAAAUUUCGAAAACGAUUUAAAAAAUCAAAUCUCCAAGAGGCCUGAGCUAGAGAGCAGGAGAGUCCAGAGAAACGAGAGAUCUGCGUCUCUGGCGUUCCCACGAUCUCGAACAUCAGUAGAGCGUGUUUUCCAAAGCUUUCAAUUUUGAAGCUCAAGAAAACAGAUAAUCAUACUUUUCAGGUGAAACAACUGCGAACGGAACGACAGAACAUGGUGCAGGACCAGGAGCAGUACAACUUCCUCUACCAGGCCGCCUUCGAAUACCUCGCAUCCUACGACCAUUUCUCGCCUUGA